GUUGAAAAGGAAGUCAACAGAAGCACUCUCUCUGCCUUUGUUUCUCCGAUCUCAAAUGGUCAUGGCGGUGGAGGAAACCAGAUUAAAAGGAGAGAGAGCAUGAAAUGUGGAGGGGAGACGUGAUAGUGAUGGCGAUCCUCACAUGUCACAAGGAAGGCAACUCUCCGUGUCGGCAGUGGCGAACGGUAAUGGCGGCCUGGUGGGUUCGUUACUCAUUCCAUUUAUUUAUUGCUUCCUUUUCAGUUAAAGUUGCAAUUCGUCUUUCUCUUCUCUCCUCCUUUUCAGAGUCCCAUGUACAGAAAAAGAACGGUGAUUUUGACCCGAUUUUCGCCACUCCCAGUUGCAGAGAACAAUGAAGCCUCUGCGAGUGGGUAUAUGGUGGAUUUGGUUAUACGGGUCCUUGCUUAUUGUUCUCUCCAUAUAUGCUACCCGCAAGCUACCUUCACUUCAGGAUGCAAUCACAAGACCCGGUUUUAAUCCAGGAAAAUACUCGGUGGAUUCAAACAACCCAAAUAUCACUGUAUUCUCUGCUACUACCUCCAUUGGUCCAAAGCAACGCCUUGCUGUUCGUUCAUGGCUUGGUUUGUCUCCUCAAAUCACAGUUGUUCUGUUUAGCCAACACCCUUCUGUUCGCUCUUUCGCCUCGGGCUUUGGACUCCGGGUUUUGGUUGAUUCCACCAUCGACUUCACGUUCCUCGGGACGCCAUUCUUCCAUUCCAUGGUGGAAAGAUCAGAGGCAUUCGGCACAGAUAUUAUCGUCUUUGUAGAUUCUCAAACCGUUCUUCUGCCUGAUCUUGUCCCCGCUUUGAAUUCUGCUCACAAGCUCGAUGGUUACUGGCUUCUUGUGGCUUCAUUACAAGAGACAUCCUUCUUCCCGUUCAAAUUGGGAGGUGAUGGUCAACAUUGGCUUACAGAGAACGGGAAAAGGUUGGAGCUUGAUGAGUUGCAGGAGAUCCUUGGCCAGAAUCGGCAUUGCCAAGAUAGGAGUAUACUUAUGGCCUGGAAUUCAGGAAAUGUGCCUUUGCACAAUGGAGUCCUCCCCCCUUUCUUGUUUGCUAAGGGGAUUCACAACCACUGGCUUGUUAAUGAGGUUGUGGCUUCCGAACUGAGACUUGUGCUUGAUGCUAGCUCGGUCAUCUCAGGCGCCUUCCUUAACAAUCCCGAUCGAAUAGAGAGGACUGACAGUAGGUUAGUUAUGGAGAACAGAAGCUGGGAGGCAGUUGGCAACUCACACCUUGGUACAUUAUAUGGGUCAUUGCUCUUCCAUGAAACCAACUAUUCCACCUUGGCAAAGCUUGUAAAAUGUGAUGACCAGUUUCUUGUCCUUGACGGCACUGAAGAUAUAGUGAGGAAUAGAAGGGCUUUGGCUUCACAGAAAAGGAAGAGAGUGAUGGGUUGUGUUGAACAUAUCAAGUUGAGGAAGCCAUUACUGGAUUGCGCGGUUGGAGAUCAGUUGAGAUUACGCCGCCUGAGGGUCACCAACUUCGUCAUUUGUGCUCUGGAUCAGGAAACAUUUGAGUUUUCUGUUUUACAGGGUUUGCCUGUAUUCCAUGAUCCAUCAGCACCAAGUAACAUCAGCUUCAACGAUUGCCACUUUGGAACAAAAUGCUUCCAGAAGGUCACAAAAGUAAAAUCCAGAAUUGUUCUGAAUAUUCUGAAGCUGGGUUACAAUGUACUUCUCAGUGAUGUAGAUGUCUACUGGUUCAAAAACCCACUGCAAUAUCUCCACUCAUUUGGUCCAACCACUCUCGUCGCCCAGUCCGAUGAAUACAGCAAAACAGGACCUAUAAACUUGCCUAGGCGUCUGAACUCUGGCUUCUACUUUGCUCAUUCUAAUGCUCCAACUAUUGCUGCUAUCGAAAAGGUGGUGAAUCAUGCAUCCACAUCAACCCUUUCUGAGCAGCCAAGCUUCUAUGAUAUGCUGUGUGGGGAAGGUGGAUCGAACCGAAUCAGUGAUGAUAGAUGUCUGGAGCCAGAAACGAAUAUUACUGUUCAUUUUUUGGAUAGAAACCUCUUCCCCAAUGGUGCAUACUUAGACCUUUGGGAGAAGCCCAAUGUGAGCGAAGCUUGCAUGAAGCAAGGCUGCUUUGUUCUUCACAAUAACUGGAUUAGUGGAAGGUUGAAAAAGCUUGAGCGCCAAGUUUUAUCAGGCUUGUGGGAGUAUGAUAGUAGCAAGAGGAUGUGUUUUUCUUGCAUCACUCCAAAUUCCAGCAGCUCAUGAAAAAUUGUCCCUUCUGAAGGAAAACUUUGUUUUUCAAACUCCUUUCCCCCAUUCAGCUUUGAUAUCCACGUUUGGUGAGGAAGAAGACAAAGAUCAGGCUUCUUGUUGUUGGUCGUGGAAUCCAAGCCUGUAGCUUGAUUUCAUCAAAUGUCAUUCUUCUAGUGAUAUUCACCUUCUUAUUGGAUAAUAAUGUUCAGUUAGCACAGAAUUGACGAGACUUACUCGAACUGGGGAUCGCAGGCUGGCAGAAAUGUUGACGGGUUCUUGUUGUUGCUUUCUGGAUAGUGGAAAAAAGUCCAGAAGAAGAAAGCAUGAGCUAAUAACAGAGGAGUUGGCAGGUGGUGGAGCUUCAGUUUCAGUGGAAGUCAGUGCUGACUCCAAGGAAGUUUCUGUGAGGAUAGUUCAUCCAGGGGGGAGGGAGGAGAGUUUCCAGUACGCUCUUCCAGCACAGCAAGUCAUGGAGAAGUAUCCAGGGACUCGUGUUGCUAGGCCAGAUGUUUUCCAGAAUCCUGAAGAUUCCAUUCUGUGGCCAGAAGAGAUUCUGUUGCCUGGCAACAAAUACCUGAUCAUUUCAUCGACCACAGCUGAGAAACUGAAGCACCACAGAAGACAUCAUCAUCAUGGGAGAACGACAAGAGAAAGGCCAGAACUUUGUGACAAUGAAGACACCAUAUCUUGUGCGAACAUAACUUGGGAUGAACAAGAUAUUUCGGAGGAAAACGUCUGCCAAGCAAGAGAUUUCUAUGCUUCAAAGGAUAGGUGGUCGAGGUGUUCGGAGAGGAAGACAAAGAACGUGAGGUCUAGAAAAAGACAACCUUUUGUCCCUCCUCUUCCGAGGUCGAGAAGUUUCAAAGGUUCGAGCUGGGAGCCUAGCCUUACUUCCGUACAGGAGCUCUCUCCGUGAAUGAAGUUCUGACUGGUUUUCUUUUACAAAAAUGAAACAAAAAGGACUGAUGUCUUCCUGGUAUGUUGCCUUCCUCCUUUUCCAGGCUCUUACCUGCCAGGCUGCCACACUACUUUUCAAUCAUCUGUCUAUUUUUGCUGUUUGUUCCACGCAGGUUUUGCUUUUCUUUUGUUCUCGCGCGAAAAGAAUCAGUCUCUGAUGAUGUUAUGUAGAACCAACUGCAAUAACUUUGACUAUAUGCC